AUGGAGUGGAAGAUGAUUGUGUUCCAUUGUUCAAGAUUUUUGAGCAUUGCUUGUGGGGCAAGUAGGAAUUUUACAGAUGAGCUUAAUCUGCAAUGGGUCCCGGACACGGAGUACAUAUCUACAGGGGUUCCAUAUCUGCACUUCGGUAAUUUCAGCAAGAAUCAGUCAGUGCAACAUCUCCGUCAAUUCCCAAAUAACAGCAAGAGCUGCUACGCAAUUCCAACUACGCCCAACACGAGGUAUCUAGUUCGAGCCUCGUUCUAUUACAACAGCUUUGACAUGGCUAUUACUAGCCCGAUCUUUGAUAAAGCCAUCAAUGCGACGACCUUUUCCACAGUGAGAAUUAUCGAUCCCAGCUUUGUGUACCGAAAGGAAGUGAUUGCGUUUUCUCCAUGGGAAUGGUUUUCUAUCUGUCUUUUGAAUACAAAUCAGGGGUAUCCAUUUAUUUCGUCCCUGGAGCUUCGUCCUCUUCCAGCAGGAAUGUAUGGUCUCCCAUAUUUGGAUGAGAACUAUUUAGUAAAUCAGAUUCGAUUGAGUUUCGGAGCACCUGUAUCGGUGAGAUAUCCCGAUGAUCCCCAGGACAGAAUUUGGUAUUCAGAUUCAUACCCUGUAGACCUUCAACCAUGCGACCUUCAAAACAUAUUGCCGCCAGAUGAGGUAGAAGUCAUUUCUACAAGCCAGCAAGUAGAAGUUAAUGGUAGGAAAGCUCCUGAUCAACCUCCCAUGUUAGUGAUGCAAAGGGGGGUGGUUGGUAAAACAGGUAAUCUUACAUAUAGGUACCACCUAGACGAUUUUGAUUUCCCUGGACAAGCGUAUGCACUUGCAUAUUUUGCAGAAAUUGAAGAGCUGAAUGCAAAUAAGAAAAGAUCAUUCCACUUUACCAUCAAUUCUAAAGAUGCUACCUACAUUAAUCAGUCCUUGGAUAUCCAAAGCAAUGCUGGAGGGCCAUACGUUGCAUUCGAGCCCUCGUAUGCUAACGCAACAUUCCCUAGAUUCGUGUUGGUUUCCUUAUACGAGAUGCUGUUUCCACACGAUUUUUGUUUAUCUGAUUGUUUUGAUGGGGACUUGGCAGAGUUGGCGUUGCUGCAGAGUUUUGGAGGUGUAUUGACAGAUGGAGAGGCUGUGGGAGACCCUUGCCUACCAAUACCCUGGGAUUGGGUGACUUGCACCACCCAGUCCCCUCCGAGGGUGAAAUCCAUAAAUCUGGCUGGGAGGAAUUUGGGAGGAAGUAUUCCCUCCAACAUUUCAUUAUUGGUUUGUCGAGACACAAUUGAUCUUAGCGGCAAUCAAUUCUCUGGCCCAAUACCUGACCUGAGAGAUCUCACCUAUCUAAAUACCUUGCAUCUAAACAACAACAAUCUCAGCGGUGAGUUUCCAGAAUGGCCUGAAGAACUUCCCAACUUGACUGAAGUUUGGGUGCAGAACAACGUAUUGACAGGAGCAAUUCCACAAGCUUUACUCAAAAAGCCUAGCCUUCGAAUAAGGUCUGAUCUUUGCAAUGAUAGCACGUGUGAAAAUCCGCUCAAAAAGAAGGGUUUAAAUAUGGGAGCGCUCAUAACUGGAUUGGUGCUGAGCACCGUUCUCCUAAUUGGAGUCUUCACCUACUUCCAGAAACACAGACUGAGUAACAAACAAGUUUUUAUAAGAAAAUUAAGCGACAACGAAUGCAAUAAAAAAUCUGUAGAGGAUAGAGUAAGAGGGGCCAAAGCUGCCAUCUCUUCCUCUUCGUUCCUUUGGAGGAACUUCGCUAGCAGGAGUAUUGGCAGUGUUGAUGAAACAACAGAGAUUGGCCCUCCAGCCCUCACAUUUGACAUUGCGGAAUUGAGAAAAGCAACCAACAACUUCAAAUAUAAUAUAGGGAAGGGGGGUUUUGGUUCGGUCUUCCGAGGGAAGUUGAACGAUGGCACGGAGGUGGCAGUGAAGGUGUUGGCCAAUGACUCUCCUCAGGGUGCACGCGAGUUUCGCAAUGAGGUGACCCUUCUUCAAGGGAUCAAGCACCGCAAUGUAGUGUCCCUGAUAGGCUACUGCAGCAGCAAAAAGCACCGUAUCGUCGUUUACGAGUACCUUCCCGAAGGAUCUCUGCACGAACGCCUCCACGGUCAUUUUGCACGUACGCUUGUAGAAUCAAUCACAUUGGAUUGGCAAACCAGACUACGAAUAGCAGUUGAUGCGGCAAAAGGUUUGGAGUACCUGCAUGCAGAAUGCAGCAUCAUACAUAGAGGCGUGAAGACACGCAACAUACUUCUCUCUAGUGGCAUGGAGGCCAAAGUGGGGGAUUUCGGCUUGUCGUGUCUGCUGCCGUCUGACGCUACCUCCUACAAGUCGAGUACCGUUCAAGGAACAGUUGGGUACCUCGAUCCAGAGUACUAUCACGAACACCGAUUGACGAUGAUGAGUGACGUUUACAGCUUUGGGGUCGUGCUUCUGGAGCUGAUUUCAGGCCGUCCUCCUAUGAGCAGACUUGAGGAUGGAAUAACUGACCAAGUGCCCACCCUCGUCAAUUGGGUAUGUUCUUUGCUGCAACGAGCCGCCGUGGACGAGCUAAUCGACCCCAAGUUGGGUUACGCAAGCUUUAUUGAGCGAGAAAAGAGGCAAGCGUGGGAAGUGUGGGCGACUGCAAUACAAUAUGUGAGGGCGGAGAGUCGCCAAAGACCAACCAUGUCAGAAGUGGUGAAGGCGCUAUCGGAAACACUGAAUCCCACGCACCCAGCCACGCAAUGCGACUCCGAAGCAAAGCCGGCGCAUGAAAUGACGGACGAUCGCGAGCAAUUCCCUGGCACCCAGAGCCCCCCCAGCAGUGUGGAAGCUGCUGCAGCUGCUGCACCUCACCCCUCAUCCACGCGGAUCGAACCAGUGUAAUCAUUCAUAGCUUUGCCUUGCGCUGCGUUGCGUUGUAUGUACUACAGUAUAUAACUAUACCAUCAUCCAGGCUCUAUCCAGGCUCUGUGUUAGAAUUCAGCAUUUUGUUAUUAGCCAAUCAGAAUAUCAUCCAGUCGCAUCCAGUCGAGGGGACAGGACCCUUCUCAUCGUUUCUCCCUCGACUGGAAUAACUUCUGUAAUCAACACAAUUUUUAUAAGAAUUACACACAGAUUUACAAC